AUGAUGGAGAUAGUUGCCGCAGGGACCCCCGGGGCAGACAGGAUGCCUGCACUCAAUGCCUUGCCGGGUCUGAAGCCCAGAAUCUUGAGCCCAGCCUGGGGACUUCCAGAAUCGCCAGGCCGCCAACGCCGUCACACGCUCCCAGCCAGUGAGUUCCGAUGUCUCUCACCAGAAGAUGCCAUCGGUGUGUUUGAGAUUGAGCGAGAAGCUUUCAUCUCUGUCUCUGGCAACUGUCCCCUGCACAUGGAUGAGAUCCGGCACUUCCUGACCCUGUGCCCAGAGAUGUCCCUAGGCUGGUUUGAAGAAGGUCGGCUGGUAGCUUUCAUCAUUGGCUCUCUCUGGGAUCAGGACAGACUGACUCAGGAGUCUUUGACAUUACAUCGGCCUGGUGGCCACACUGCUCACAUUCAUGUGCUCGCAGUACACCACAUGGUUCGCCAGCAAGGCAAGGGCUCCAUCUUGUUGUGGCGCUACCUGCAACACCUAUGCUACCAGUCAUCUGUUCGCCGGGCUGUGCUUAUGUGUGAGGACUUCCUGGUGCCCUUCUAUCAAAAGUGUGGCUUCCGGACAGUAGGUCCAUGUGCAGUCAGUGUGGGCACCAUGUCCUUCACUGAACUCCAGUGCCCAGUGCAAGGUCAUGCCUUCCUUCGGAGGAAGAGUGGUUGCUGA